ACAGCCAUCCUGUUUGCAGGUUUUUGUAUUCUAUGAUUUUCUUCAGUUCUUUCUCUUUUAUUCUGCUGACUCCAGAUCCUCCCAGAAUGUAAGCUGUUCCAAGUAAAGCUGCCUUUUGCAAUUGAUUGAUGGUUCUUUUUUAUUUCAAUAUCCUUUUCCCCUAAUCCUGCUUUUAUAUGGCAUAGUCAAUGCAAUCCUAUUUUCUUCUUACUUGGCUUAAUUAUCAGAAUACUAGUGGCUUUCACGGCUUUAAAAUCUCUUCAUUUCGUGUCUUAGAAUGUCUCGCUAACAACUGCAGCCACAACAGCCUCCGGGUGGCACAAAGAAAAAAUAACACUCUGACAAAUGGCUUAGUUGUAUAAUAGUAUAUCUAAAAUUAAAGAAUUUCAAGAUGGGGGCAGAAGGGGGAAUCUACUAUUUUACAGAAUAUUUAUUUUCUGUGAUUGAAAGGAAAUAUAUGGAAAAAAGUUAAGGGGCUGUCAGCCAGAUGCCUUCAGGAAGCCUAUAAGCUAAGCAUAUUCUUGUUUUAGAUUUUCAGCAUCUGGCUGAAAUAGCAUUUUUUCAUGAUCUAGUUAAUUUCUACGAAGUAAAAUUUGAUUUCAAUAAUUCUUUUCAUGUCUUUUGCAGGUAAAUAUGUUUAUCAGCCUAUGACUCCAGUAGAACAGCUUCCAAGUACUGAAAUACCUGUUCGGCCUCGAGGAACCAUAAAUACUAUUCAGAUAGCUGUCUCUCUCACAGAACACUUUUUGAAGUUUGCACCUGUCUUCCAAGCACCAUUACCACCAGACUCCCCACGGUUUUGCACAAUUUCAGACCUCUUUAUUGACAAUUACCGUGUAAAAUGCAUCAAUGGGAAGAUGUGUUAUGUGCAGAGGCAACCUCCUGCUCUCUCCUAUAAGAUGAAGCCCCAGGAGGUCCCCACACGCAAUGCCUUAAUUUUGAGAGAGAAUAACACACCAAAAAUAGAUCAUUGCUCAUCCCCUUCCAGUUCUGAGGAUUCUGGGAUCAAUGCUGUUGGGGCUCAUUAUGUAGAGUCAUGUGAUGAAGACACAGAAGAAGGAGCAGAGCUAAGUUCAGAAGAGGAUUAUAGUCCAGACAGUAGCUGGGAGCCAGAUGAGUGUCCCCUUCUAUCACCCUCACAGUGUGAACUAGAAGUAAUUGAAACCAUAGAAACCACAGUGUGAAAUUUUGAGCUGGGAGCUAGCUAGGCAUAUUAAAAUAACACUGGUUUUCUAAUAUUUAUACUGGCAUUUUUGACAGGUCCUUUUUUGCAGUGUACUUGAUAUCCCCCAAGGAACACAGUGACAAUAUUUAACCAUCUGUGAAUUAAUUCCUUGAUACUCAUUCUACCAAUGAAUUUCCAGGAACCCUGCUGUAUAGCUCAAAAGAUACCAGAAUUGGUAUCUUUAGUUACAGACUAACCCUCAUCAUCAUGAAGAUCAGCUAAAUUGCAAUGGUCACAGGUUAUCUUAUAAGCAAGUGAUUUUCAGACUUUGGUCCCUGGUUACUUUAGCACAAAAUCUGGAUUCCAACAUGAUACAAACACACACUUUUCCCAAGAAGGACAUUUGUGUGUUUGCAGGCAUUCUAUUAUUAUCAAUCAGUCCAAUUUUAUUAUGGUCAUAGACUGCAUAAUUAUUAUGUAUGGUAUUAUGUAUGGUAGUCUAGGGAUUAAGAGUAUCAGUGGCUUACACCACGUCCUACAAUCUUUUCAGGCAACCUGUGGUAUAUACAUACCACUGAUUAAGAACCCUCUUUGAAAUUAUCUACUCUGAAAUAAGCAAUUGGUUGGGGAUUUCUCAUUUGGAAUAAGGAUUUAGCCUUUUGUGCAUUUGCUGAAUAUCAAUAGGAGGUUAGCCAUACCUUUGAUGAGCAGAGCUAAAUCCGUAAGCAAACAAUCUUAAACUAUGUGUAUUAUUUUAUGUAGGAGACAAGAAGCCAUGACUCUCCCCACUAGCUCAGAUGUUAGGUACAUCUUUCUAAAUGACCUGCAUACACUAACUUCUUUUGCCAGCUACAGAGUAACUCAGGAGAUUGCCAGCAUAAGCACAAUACUCAGCCAAUAGAACUGAAACUGUUUCUACAACAAGAAUAUGUCAGAGAGGCCUGAAUUAAAAUCCUUCAAAGGAUACAUUAUUACACUGCCAACUGACCAUUAUAUAUCAUUCCACUGAUAUAUAAUCUGAUGCUAAAUACUUAAAUUACUUUCUGUAUUAAAACAGAGAACAAGCUGGAUUUUAUCAUAGAAACAAAGCAUAUAUGAAAGAGCUACUCAUCUGAAAUAGGUAUACAGUGACUACAAUUUCAAUGUAUAUUCUCAUGAUGAAAAUUAGAAUUAUUUUUUAGAUCAGCCAAAUAUAGCUUGGCAUUAACCCAACGUAAAACAACAAAACAAAACAGGAAAGGAAAAGAGGGGGGAGGAGAAGGUUAAGCCUUCUGCUCCCAGCAAAGGGCAGCCAUAAACUUAUGAUGUUUAGAAAAAUCAGGAAAACUAAUCAGGAGAUAUAACAGUAUCUGUUUUAAAGAGAUUAACACAGACUUUUUUGCUAUGGACACAUUCAAUCAGUGCACUUGCAAACUGAAGAACAAUUGUAAAUGGUAUAUGAACUGACUUAAGAAAGUAUUUCAGUAUAGAAUUAGGGCAAUAGAAUUUAAUAGUUCCAUUUAUUAAUCUGUACAUUUGGUAACUCGGGAUUUACAUUUAGUACCGGCUCUAUUCUAUUAUCUAUUUAAAUUAUUCACUAGUAGGUUUGACUGUAGCUAGAUGAAAAGAAGAUGUCAUGGUAGUUUUAGCCUCUGACAUGCAGUAUUUUGAUUUAAAGAAAGAAUCUGAAAAAAAAGCAGCCAAUUAUUUUCUUCUAGCUUUGCUUAAUCAUUGUUUAUGUUAUUCAGUAUAAAACAGUGAAAAGUGUAUAGUGGAAAGAGAUCUUUAUAUCCCUGAUGUAUUUGUGCCUCCAUUUUAAGUUUAACCACACAAUAUGGUUAUCCUCUCAGAAGAAGUGCCCUGCUAAUCAGUUUAAGGAUUAUGGCCCUUUGAGCUGUAAAUGUACAUUUCCCCCCAAUAUUUUAAAGUAAGAAUUUCAAAUACACUUAAAUGGUCAUGUACCAGUGGAUUAAAAUGUUUUACCUCCUAACCCUUUUGCAUUCGCUCUUGUGGUACACAACUGAUUCCCCCCCCCCCCCUGUAACACUAGGGCAUCUAUUAAUAAAUAUAGCCCUGUUUUAUAAUGGUUUAGUUAACUCACUUUCCAUUAAGUUUAGCUAAGAAUGGUAACAUAUAAAUAUGUACAGUUGUAACUCUCAGUAUUAGAUUAUCUUAUGCUGUGUUGUUGAAUGCUGCUCUUUAUAUACAAUCUUGACACAUAACUAAUAACUAAUUUUUAUACAUACACUCAGACAUAGGCACUUUUAGAAAAUAUUUAGAUUGCAGUGUAUUAUGAAUGAUUAUAAAAUAUGUACUUUAAAAUAUACAAAUAUUACCUUAAGAAGUAAAACAAACUAUUUAUUCUGAUAAGUGAUACUAAAAUAAUGCAUUUCUUGCCCCCAUUCCCCCCAAAAGAAAGAAAAAACACAGCUUUAGCUAUCAUCAGAGAUAAAAUCCUUUCUUAGUAGUUCUGAAAAAAUUACAGCAUUCUUCUAAUUUUUAAAGAGAACACUGUUUCACUAUAGAAUGUUAUCUUGGGAUUCUUAAAGAUUUUCUCAGGUGAUGUUAAGAAUUCUUAUGGAUUUUAUAAAAGAAACUGCAUAAAAUACGAUUAUAUACUCAAAUUAUUUGGAACUGGAGAUUUAAAAUACAGCUUGUCUGGCUGUGUUAAGUUUGUGACUGACUAUCUCAUGUUGUUGUUUUUUUUAAAAAAGGAACAACUGGGAAUUUUGGGAAUCCCAGAGGAAUUGGAAAUUACAUUUGAGAGCAGAAACAGGGCAGGUUUGAGGGAACACUUUAGUUCUAUUUAUUAUACUGAAGAAUUGUGAUAUUGCUACUUUUUUGCAGGACAGAAGGCACAACGAUCUAAUCAGGCUAAGAUUAGAUGAAUGUAUUCUGAACUGAGAAAUGAGAGCUGGAAAAAAAUCAGUCCAGGCUUACAUCAGGCAUUCUUGAUCAGACUAUUAAUGAGCAAUAGCUGCAUACAAUAUUAAUCUCUUAAAAUUACUCUGUUUCAAAAUCUUAAGCACAACAGUCAAAGUUGUCUUGUUCUGGCUUCUUUGGAGAUUUCUUCAAUGGAAGCCAUGCAGGAUUUGAUUGACUGAUUCAGCACGUAAAUACUGUGUCUCAAACUAUUCUCAAGAGCACAUCAUUGUUUCAUGUAAACUUCUCACAAAAUAAUAAAUGUGAAGAUUGUUUUUGCACAACCAUAAAGUAAAGUGGAUUUCUUUUCCACAGUUUUGUGGCACUACAAAUGUUCAUGUCUUGAUGUGAAAUGGGUGUGUUUGAUGUUACCUUUCAUCAUAUGUGAAUGUACAUGGACACGUAAAGUAACAUGAAUUGGACGUAGCAUAGAAACCAUCACUUGAGAAACAAGUGUUGCGUAACAGGUCCACUUACCACUGUUUCAUUAAUACCACAUUAUAUAAAGUCAUUCUAUAAACUUUUUGAAAGGAAAAAUUUUCAUUAGUAAUUAUCUGAGUUCUCAUGCAGGAAACUCUAGACCUACUUUGCCUUUCCUGUAAUAUCGACCCAGGUAUUUUGUACUUCUGCCAAUUAUUAUUUACUUCCAACAUAGAUGAACAAAAAUGUAUCAAGAUUUCUGCUCUCUCUGCAGAUUUAGAGUCUAGAUAAUAAAUUUAAAAACCAUAUACAAAAACCAUAUAUAUUUGAGCAGAAUCAUCUGGAAGGUUUUAACAACAGUUUAAGGAACAUUUACACGUUCUAGCAAUAUUUGCCAGAACUUUCAUUAGCUUUAUAUAUAGUAAAGCAAUUCAGAAGGAUAAUGUACAUGGAAUAUUCUCUAUCUGACCUCUUGCAAUUGGAUGAAUAAAAUAAUGGCAUAAAGUUGAUUUUACUUGAAGCUUCUUAUAAUCAAAAUUCACUUCCAUGGUCUAAACAAGGCCUAAAUGCUUUAAGAAAUGUUAAACAUUUCUUUGCUACAAUCCCAAAGGAUAAUAGUUGUAGAUUAAUAUCCUUCUAUUGCUACCAAUAUUUAUUUUUAUAAAAUCUUUCAAUGUUCAACUUUUAUAGAAGUUUCAAUAUGUCGGAUAUUUAAAUUUACUUGCCAAAUAUGGAAAGUCACUAAUUGAAAACCGUAAUUAAUAAAAACUCUGAGAAGUUUGAGAGUAGAACCUUUUCUUCCCACUACUCACAUUAUUUAAAUUAAAACAAGACAGAUGAGUCCCUUCACUGAAUCUUCACUUUAAAUAAAGAUUAAUAUUAAUAUUUGCCUUGAAAUAUACUCCUGUUUUUUAUUCACCGAAGAGAGUUUGUAUACUGCCCAACUCUAAUCAAAUCUGGGCACUUUGGAGAUGUAAAGCUGAAAUAAGCUUUUUCAUUAAUGCUUUGCAAGAUUUUGAUUUUUUAGGGAUACUAAACAAAUCACUUAAUCUAUUUUAAAAAAACCUAUUUUAGAGAAUAGCAGGAUAAAAUGUAAGAAACUGUUUGGGCUACAAACAUUAAAUGGCAACACAAUUUUCUGAAUCACAUCUUCGAUGCAGAACUCAGAUUAUUCUUUGUAUAAAAUCAAAAUUAUUAGAGUGUUUCAGUAUGCUGUAGAAUCGUAUACACUUAUACAUAGCAUAGAACUGAAACUGCAAAUGGCCUCAAAGCUUAUUACAUGGAAGAUCAGCGUGAAUUGUAGAUGGAGAGAGAUUCUCAUCCCAUUGUGAGAGGUACAUAUAAAAUAAAAAGAACUAGUAAUAUAUUAAUAUAUUCACAACUAUUUUCUAAUGUUGGAUCUCAAACUUUUGUUUAAUAUAUUGUAAACGUUAUGUAGAAGUUUCUUGGGAAGCCUAAAGGCAGAACAUGAGCAUAUUAAUUCUCACUGUUGUUUCUCACCAACUUAAAUAUUAGAAAUACACUGUUUCUGAUCUCAGAGACAACAUAUGCCCAUCAAGUAGCACUGACAACUCUAUUCUGUUAAUUAUUAUGACUAAUCAUUGACUUUAAUAGCCAUCAACAUAUCUCGUGGCAGCAGAUUCCAUAAUUAAGCUGUAUGAUUAAGGGUUUCCUUUGUGUCUUCUGAAUAUUUUAUCAUUCUUCUCAUUAAGAAUGUUUAGUGGAAAAGGGGAAAAAUCUUUUCCAAACUAUACAUUAUUUAUCAAAACUCCAGCAUUCAUUUCUUUCAUCUGAAGAACUGUUAACACUCCUGGUUGAUCUUUUUUAGAACUUUUCUAGUUCUGAUUAUGCUUUGUAAAAUAUAGCAAGCAGAAUUUUUUAAACAAUAUUUUGUGUUUGGCAUAUCAUACUUUUUCUUUUAUUGGUUGAUAACUCUAG